AAGCUGCCUCAAUCCAUCAGCCAGGCAUCACAGGAGGGUUUCACUCCACAAUGCAUCAAUUGGGUAUUGUUGGUGUGGCAGUUUGGCAUUUCGGUUGUGUUUUGUUCUUCUUAUAUCAGCUGGAAACUGUGUUGGGUGAUGUGGGAAGGCCAUUGGAAGCUUCAAAUAACAUAUGCAGGCAGCUGAUGACCAUGGAAGAAAAAGAUUUUGAGUUUCCUAAGAGGGUUGUGGUUGACCCAAGUCUGAAAUUCCCUAAUCCAAGGCUUAGGAAUGCUUACAUUGCUCUCCAAGCAUGGAAAUCUGCUAUUUCCAGUGAUCCUUCCAAUGUGACUGGCAACUGGGUUGGAGCAAAUGUGUGCAGCUACAAUGGUGUUUUCUGUGCCCCUGCAUUGGACAACAGCAGCAUUCAAGUUGUAGCUGGCAUUGAUCUGAAUCAUGCAGACAUUGCAGGCUAUCUUCCACAGGAGCUUGGUCUGCUCACAGAUCUUGCCUUGUUUCAUGUCAAUACCAAUAGGUUCUGUGGCAUUGUGCCUCACAGCUUCAGGAAGCUCAGACUGCUGUUUGAGCUGGAUAUGAGCAAUAACAGAUUUGUUGGGCCAUUUCCCAAUGUAUUCAUCUCGUUGCCUUCAUUGAAGUACUUGGACAUUAGAUUCAAUGAUUUUGAAGGUCAGCUGCCAUCUCAGCUCUUUGACAAGAAUCUGGAUGCCAUCUUUGUUAAUAACAACAGGUUUCAGUUUGAUAUUCCAUCCAAUCUGGGGAGCUCCCCUGUUUCUGUUGUUGUUCUGGCCAACAAUCAACUGAAGGGAUGCUUGCCUUCCAGCAUUGGCAACAUGGCUGCUACUCUGAAUGAGAUCAUUGUUCUCAACAACAACUUAUCAGCCUGCCUGCCUUCUGAGAUUGGUCUGUUGACAUCUGUGACAGUUUUUGAUGUGAGUUUCAACAAGUUUGUAGGUACUCUGCCAAUCAGCAUUGGGGGAAUGGUGAGCUUAGAGCAGCUGAAUGUUGCACACAACAUGCUUUCAGGAUUGAUUCCUCAGAUCAUCUGUGCACUGCCCAACCUGAUCAACUUCACAUAUUCCUACAACUUCUUCACAGGGGAGGCACCCAGUUGCUUGGCUCUGCCAUCCAGAGGAGUCGUGUUCAAUGACCGGUCCAACUGCAUUCCUGGUAGGCCUGCACAACGUUCUUUCAGGCAAUGUGCUUCAUUCCUUUCUCGUCCAGUUGAUUGUUCUUCAUUUAGGUGCAAUGCUUUUCCAUCACCAACUCAGCGAUCUCCUGCUCUUCCAUCUCAUCACCUCCUGUUCAUCAUUAUACUCAUCCUCCACCCCUGCAUUAUUCACAUCCUCCCAUUCAUCAUUAUACUUAUUUUCCACCACCUCCAGAAGAUGAUUCCGAUCCAAUAG